AUGGCCAGGGGACCGCGCCAUUCGCCAGGGCCUGCGGUAAUACCAAAGGCCGAAUUCGAGAAGAUCAAGGACGAUGUAUCGACGCAGCCCAACGGCGUGCACGAUGGGCAAGCCCGGUCGUUUGGCUACAAUGAUUUCUCGGACUUUACGAGACCAGACUACUAUAUACGACAUAUAGAGCCCCUGGAAAUCGACCUGGCUCGGCAAGUCGAAUACGAUAUGGACGAGCAAGACCUCGAAUGGCUGGAAGCCAUCAACAACGAGAGGAAGAAAGAGCAGAUGGACAAAAUCAGCUACGAGACCUUCGAAAUCAUCAUGGAUAGGCUCGAGAAGGAAUGGUUUGACUUGACGAAGAAUUUGCCAAAACACGACCUCGCAAUGCCCUCAGAAGACUCGACUUGCGCCAUUUGUGACGAUUCUGAAGGAGAGAACACGAACGCGAUUGUGUUUUGCGACGGCUGCAAUCUCGCGGUUCACCAAGAUUGCUAUGGUGUCCCCUACAUCCCUGAAGGCCAAUGGCUAUGCAGAAAGUGUACUGUGUCGCCGGAGAACCCAGUGCAAUGCAUUCUAUGUCCCAAUGAAGGAGGUGCCUUCAAGCAAACAGUAACCGGCGACUGGGUCCAUCUGCUUUGCGCAAUCUGGGUGCCUGAAACUCGAGUGGCGAACGAAGUGUUCAUGGAGCCUAUCACAGGAGGGGAGCAGAUAUCCAAACAGCGGUGGAAGUUGAAAUGCUCACUAUGCGAGCAGCGAGGCGGUGCCUGUAUUCAGUGCGCAAAGCCAUCCUGUUUUGUCGCGUUCCAUACCACUUGCGCAAGACAAGAGAAGCUUUUACUGCCAAUGAAAUCCACCCCAGGAGCGGAGCCGGCCACACUUCAAGCUUACUGCGAGAGGCACUUACCUAGGGAGCAACAAGAAAUCCGGACAGCAGCACUAGCCGCCGAGGCGCAGAAGAAUGCCCAACUCUCUUCAACGCAGAUCUCCAAGACCGCUAGGGCGUAUAACAAAACGUACAAACCCGGUCCUCCCAUCGUUCCCGCUAUCAUCGUCAACCGGAUUGUCCAGUACAUUAACAAGAUCAAGAUACGGAGGAAGGUUGAGUUCGUGCAACUGGUCUGUCGGUAUUGGAGUUUGAAGCGGGAGGCUCGGCGAGGGGCUCCGUUGCUGAAGAGGCUACACUUGGAACCAUGGACGGCGAGUGGAGGCAAAAUUCAAAGCGACGAGCAGAAGGAGAUGAAGCUGGAUCAACUCAAGAGACUCCGUCAAGACCUUGUCAAAUUGAAGGCGCUGACCCAGCUGACGCGGUUGCGGGAAAUGAGGAAAUUGAGGCAAACGGAAAUUAUACAUCAAAUUCUAUCUACGUCUCUGUUCCCCCAUGAAGCAGCCCUACGAAUGGCGUUGGAGCACAUCAUGGCGGCCGACCGCAAUGACUACUUCAAGAAUCCCGUGAACAAAAACGAAGUACCAGACUACUACGACGUGGUUCUAAACCCGAUGUGUUGGACGAUGAUCGAGGAUAGGCUGGACAAGCACGAGUACUGGGAUGUGCAGACGUUCAAGGACGAUAUUGACCUAGUCAUCGCCAACGCCCUCUUAUACAACAAACAAGGGACAGCGCACUUCAAGGUGGCGCUACGACUCAGAACAAUGUCGCGACCUAUUCUCGAGAAGCUCGACCAGCUCGUCAUCCGCCCUCCAGCCGAUCCUGCAGCUCCCGCAGCCAGCACCUCCGACGCGUCUUCUACCACAGCUGCGUUACCUGUAAUUGGCGACCUGGAACCACCUCUCGAGAUACUGGACCUUCUCACUUCCAAUGAUGCCAUAAAGGAUGGAUUGAACUUGGAAUUGAACGAAGACCCCAUUGCUUCUCUCUUCAGCUUCGAGUUCGCUAGGUACAAACCACAGCCGCCACCCUCUCCCAUCCUUCCGCCUCCCAAACCCAAGAAGAAGAAACGGGACCGGAAGGCGGAGUACGAGAGGGCGAAGGCGAGGAAGGCGGCGAGGGCUUCUUCAGGCACGCCUGCCGUAGAGAGAGCCGCGGGGUCUGCAGAGCCUGGCCCUUCAUCCAGUGUCUCUAGUGGAGCUCCCCCAGCAGCGCCUUCGCCCGAAUCGCCCACGAGGCCGAAGAAGAGGUCUUCUUCGUCUUCGCAGCCUCUGCCGGGUGCACCUAGGGUGGUGGACGAUGUGGACAAUCGGGGCUCGUUCCAAUUGUUUAAUGCUGGGUGGAUUUUGCCUGCUGAUCAUCGCAGAGGUGGGAGAGCUCCUCCUUCGGAGAACAAGACCCCUAUGCCUCCUCCGAGGAAGCGACAGAAGACAGAACAUCCAUCGUCUCGGCUUUCGAUUGUCAGCACCGCCGCUUCGGAGAACCAGACGCUGGAAACCCCCGCGCCAGAGGACAAAGAACCCAAGGAGGAAGACACGGAGAAGAUGGAAGUCGACCUUUCCGAGCCCAAACCCGUUUUUAGCGUUUCUCCGGCGCCGCCCGGUACACCCCUGGUCGGUGAUGUCAUUUCCAGAACUUCGACAGACGCUGCUGGAAGGAUUGUGAUUGAGGAGCUCGACACGCCGUACACGAGGAAGCAGAAGAGUAUGAGGCGGAAGGCUGAGAAGGAGCGGUUGAGGAGGGAAGCUGAGGCUGCUGGAGCGAGUCAACCGCCCCAAGGCGGUGCUGGUCCUGGUCCUGUUGAUGAGACAACUGCUACACCCAGUGCAGCGCCUUCGUCAACAUCUAAAUCCAAGACCAAGCCACCCAGCAGCAGGAACGCUGUUGCUGGAUCUUCCAAACCACCUUCAAGUGGUCGGAGACAAGCUGCGCGGAAUGCUCAAGGUACCACCGACGAGGGUUCGGAUCUGAGCGAGUUGAGCGAUUUACCGAGUGAUGAAGGGGAUCGGGAUGCCGAAGGGGAGGAAGAGGAGGAGGAAGAGGAAGAGGGAUCGGCGGAUGUACCGGAACAAUCUUCACCUGAUUCGAAAGGGAAGAAGAAUAGGGGUGGGCCGCCUGCUCGGAGGCAUCCUAGGAAGGUUACCUACGAGAGUGGGACCUUGGUCUGGGCGAAAGCAGAGUCCUACCCUUGGUGGCCAGCUGUGGUGUUCGACAUGGACCAUCCCGAUGUUCCUCCCAACAUUGUGGCUGAUUUCAAGGCUACAAGGACGAAGAGGAAGAUCAAGCUAUGGAUUGUGAGGUUCUAUGAUAGGACUAAUUCAUGGCAAUAUCUACCUCGAGAGAAACUACAUCUGUUGGGCGAGGACUCGAAACUCGAUGCGGAUAUGUUGGCCCCUCAAUCUGUGCACCAGAAGUGGAAGUCCGCGUCGGCACGGCAGACGUGUCGAGAUGCCUACAGGAAAGCGUGUGCUGAGAUGGAGACGAAGAGCGAUCAGAGCACACCUGGGAUUCCAGGUGAGGAAGAAGAAACUCUCGCUGAAAACGAGGACAAGGAGUAA